AUGCCUGACGAAAAGCAAUGUGUGGGAACAUCUAUAACCUUAACUUCGGAGCCAGUUGAAUGGCGCAUUGGACAUAAGGAGUCAAGCAGUUCUACUUCAGUUUCCGUUGAAGGAAAGGACCCCGAAAGUCAGAUUAUCAAUGAAUAUCGAAUGCAGCCAGCGCAACUGAACAGCAGAACUGGAACUUAUAGCAGCACAGGUGUUGCUACGGCUCACACUUCCCAGUAUUCCACAGUUCCACCAACGCCAUCACAAAGCAUGCAGGAUGCUACGGAAAGCAGCAGUGCAACUCGUACAACAGCGAUAUCAUCAUCGUCGACAGCUGUGCCACAAUCGUCGGAAAGCAUUUCACUUGACAAUACCAGUGUAACAAAUAACCGCGAAAAUGAUCUACGUUCGAAAGCGGAUCGUCUGCUAGAAGAAAGAAAAAUGGAAGAAAGAAAUGCACCGUUGGGAGUAGCAGCAGCAGCAGCAGCACCAGGCAAUUAUCACGAUGAAGAAGCAUUUCCAACGGAACACAGA